UCGAGGGCGCAGGCUGAGUGGCGGCGGCGGCGGCGGCGGCGCCGGAGUUCCCGCAGCGGAGAUCGCGGACGCGGGACCGAGCCCCUCCGACGCCCAGCAUGGACCUGGAAACCAAGAUGAAGAAGAUGGGCUUAGGUCAUGAACAAGGAUUUGGAGCCCCCUGUCUAAAAUGCAAAGAGAACUGUGAAGGGUUUGAACUGCACUUCUGGAGAAAAAUAUGUCGUAACUGCAAAUGUGGGCAAGAAGAGCAUGAUGUCCUCUUGAGCAAUGAGGAGGAUCGGAAAGUGGGGAGACUCUUUGAAGACACCAAGUACACCACCCUGAUUGCCAAGCUGAAGUCAGAUGGAAUUCCCAUGUAUAAACGCAAUGUUAUGAUCUUGACCAAUCCAGUUGCUGCCAAGAAGAAUGUCUCCAUCAACACAGUUACCUAUGAGUGGGCUCCCCCAGUCCAGAAUCAGGCACUGGCUAGGCAGUACAUGCAGAUGCUGCCUAAGGAGAAGCAGCCAGUGGCAGGCUCGGAGGGGGCUCAGUACCGCAAGAAGCAGCUGGCCAAGCAGCUCCCUGCACACGACCAGGACCCUUCUAAGUGCCAUGAGCUGUCUCCCAAAGAGGUGAAGGAGAUGGAACAGUUUGUGAAGAAAUACAAGAACGAGGCUCUGGGAGUGGGUGACGUGAAGCUUCCCUCCGAGAUGAAUGCUCAAGGUGACAAGGCGCACAGCCCUGCUGGGGACAGGAACACUCCUGAGGUGGCCAGUCCUAAGGACAAGUCUGCUGAGCCCAGGAAGGCCCAAUACUCCUGUUACUGCUGCAAACGGACCAUGACGGAAGGAGACCCAGCCAUCUAUGCCGAAAGGGCUGGCUACGACAAACUCUGGCACCCGGCUUGUUUCAUCUGCAUGACCUGCGGUGAACUCCUGGUCGACAUGAUCUACUUCUGGAAGAAUGGGAAGCUGUACUGUGGCAGACAUUACUGCGACAGCGAGAAGCCGCGCUGUGCUGGCUGUGAUGAGCUGAUAUUCAGUAAUGAAUAUACCCAAGCAGAAAACCAGAAUUGGCACCUGAAACACUUCUGCUGCUUUGACUGUGACAACAUCCUGGCAGGAGAGAUCUAUGUGAUGGUCGGUGACAAGCCCGUGUGCAAGCCGUGCUACGUGAAGACCCACGCCGUGGUGUGCCAAGGCUGCCACAAUGCCAUCGACCCAGAAGUGCAGAGAGUGACGUACAAUAGCUUCAGCUGGCACGCGUCCACAGAGUGCUUCCUGUGUUCCUGCUGCAGCAAGUGUCUGAUCGGGCAGAAGUUCAUGCCCGUGGAAGGGAUGGUUUUCUGUUCGGUGGAGUGUAAGAAGAUGAUGUCCUGAGAGGAGAGCCCUGAGCAGUAUUGAGCCGUAGCUGUCCAGAGUGGCCUGCAUUUCAUGAUAAAAUGCAAUUUGAAAAAAAAUAAUAAUAAAAGGAAAAAAAAAGCUAUAUAGCAAACCAGAAUAUCUUGUCCAAUAUUUUCCUUUUUUUAAACCUUAAAAUUUUUGUCUGUCUUAUUUUUAAAUGAUCGCUUUAAGCAUGUGAUUAAAAAAAUAAAUAAAACAGUAAAGAAUUGUAGCUUUAAUUUCCACACAUUAAAUUUUUUAAUUGGAAGCUUGAAUUUAAUCAGUCUUUAUAACUGCAUAUUCCUAGUGCCAAAUAAUAUAUAUAUAGUCACUUAAAAAUUACUGUCUUAGGAGCGAUGAAUAUUUUGGCUUCUAUGCUUCGAUUUACAUAGACAAUGUAAAGGAAAUUAGAUGUUGCCUGAUAUGACACUGCGCCCUUAGCCUGUCUCACUGAUGUGUGAUGACAUGCUGACGCUCAGAAGUUCCUUCUGGCAGACAGGUGGUGCAUGUGGGUGUUCCCACGCCUAAGCCUUUGCAUCCCCUUGCUGAGGCAGAGGGUCCUCUUUCUCACUGCAUUCCACUGUUUACUCACCUCUCAGUGCUCUCGUUUGCCAUUUUGUGACCUCCAUCUGCGGCCUUGAAUAUUUUAUAUGUAUGUGGUUGGAACAAUACGUGCACUUUGCUCUUAGAGAUUUUUUUUUUUUUGGUCCAGAACAUAAACGUAGGCUAUUCAUUUAGUUUGAAAUCCAAAGAAUAUGUAUAGGUUUUAUAUGCUGAGAAUUAUCACUUGUGCUGAUGGCACUUUCCUGACAUUCUUUGACUCAGUUUUGUGCAUGAUUUUCAGUCUUACCUGAUGGAUAUUCUCCUGUGCUACCUCUAAGCUUGCUGUAGACACACAGACUGUCAGACUGUCUUCUUUGCUUGUGUACUCCCAUCAUUGGGUGUUUUGAAUGUUUUUCCUUUGUAUGCUUUUAUACAUAACUAUGCACUAUUAAUAUUAAAUGGAAUGACUGUUAUAUGUAACUCAAAAUAAAGUCUCUUUCACUUUAAUAA